AUGGGUAUUGGAUGCUUUUUGACCAUUAUCGUGACAUUCAUCCAGACACCAAGACACAAUAUCGGUACAUUCAUUGGUGGCCGAGCAAUUAUUGGUAUCGGCCAGGGUAUUGCCUUGACCGCCGGCCCGAUUUACAUCGGUGAACUCGCCCCGCCAGAGAUCAGAGGCAAGGUCAUGUCCUUUUGGCAACUGUUCUACAGUGUGAGAUCCUUCCUUGCCUACUGGAUCAACUACGCCUGCCAGCUCAAUGUAGAGAAGCUUGGCGAAUGGACUGGAAGAUUGUCAACAUUUUCCAGAUCAUGGUCCCUAUCUAUAUCAUCAUUCUUCUUCCGUUUAUUCCCGAGACCCCACGUUGGUACCUCCAGCACGGCGACCGGGUCGACGAUGCCCGUGCGAUACUCCGCCGUGUCCGAGAGACUGAACAAGGAGUUGAAGAUGAAAUCCUCAUGA